AUGUCUCUAUUGUGUUGUCUCUGUAUCCACUACGGACAGCACGACACAGUUUGUGUUCUAGAAGAUUCGUGCUCGACGCGUCCUAUUAUUGCUCAUCAGUUGCAGAGAUCGAAUUACCGUUCCAUCUCUGUUUCAGCCCCAUCUUUUGCUAUGGCCCUAAACAAAUAUAUGCAUCCCCGAAAUGUUUACCGUGGAAAGAAGCCGAGUUUCAAAGAACUUGCGCAAAAGUUUUCCUUCUUCAGAGAAGUCACAGAGGCAGAUGAAGACGGCCGAGUUACGUUAGAUUUCAAAGUGCCAUCCAAUUUGGCUGCCCUUUCAAAAGCACUUUUACUGAAUGACUUUGAACUCGAUGUGGAGUUUCCUUCUGAUCGCUUGGUCCCCACAGUACCCUUGCGUCUGAACUACAUUCUGUGGUUGGAGGACUUAAUUCGAAGUUCGCCGAUCGUCGUACUGGAUGUGGGCGUCGGUGCUUCGUGCAUUUACCCAUUGCUGGGUGCUAAAAAGAACGGCUGGCGUUUCAUAGGAACCGAGAUUGACACGCGAAAUUAUGCAGUCGCAUGCGCGAAUGUUGCACGGAAUUCCCUGCAUCACCUCAUCAAUAUUAUUCAUGUUAAAGGAAAUGACUCGUCUCUGGAUUUGGUUCUCAACUCUAAGGAAGUAGCAGAACCCUACCUCACCGCAGUCAUGGCCAACCCACCAUUUUAUUGUAACACUUCGGAGGCGAUAGGCUUGAUGACCAGUCGUUCAGUUGGGCGCCCUUCUGCCAAAACGGUCACCUCAGCUGCGAGGCACGAAAGCCAAACUCGCGGCGGUGAAGUGUUCUAUUGCAUGCGCUUGGCCCGAGACAGCGUGAAGUAUGCUACUCGUGUUGGCGUAUUCACGGUCAUGCUAGGCAAAAAGAGCAGUGUUGUACCUAUGAAACGAAUCUUGCGCAAACUUGGUAUCCCCCGGAUGUCGGUAUAUGAACUCUGCCAGGGUCGAAUUAUGCGUUGGGGCUUGGCUUGGACUUUUCAGCCAAAUGUCGAAUUUCCGGAAUCUGAAUUUCGCCGGCUAAGCAAACUGGAAAAACCACCCUUGACUUGGAUCUUGCCCCCUACUCUAUCAUGUGUCGCCGACUACUCCGUUGAUGCAGUAAUCAACUGGCUGAGAACCGAGUUCAAAAAGUUAAAGAUGCGCGUUUUGGAUCAGAAGAAUCCUGCCACUAUGGGCGGAACCCAUCUAUCCAUUUGGGCGACAGAAAACACAUGGACCCACAGCAGGCGCAAGCGUCGGGAGGCUCAGAGACUAGCAGCUCAAGGCCAGAACCCGGAGCCGAGAAUGGACUGUGAUAUCGUUCAAUCGGAGAAUGUCAGCGUUGACAUUGGAAAGCAAAAUGGAGAGAAUAUAAAAGCUGAUAAUGAACACCUCUCAGUUGGCUUAAAGCGACCACAUCCUGAUGCGCAGGCACAUAGUGGGGACGUUUCCUGCGCCGAAGAGUCAUUCAGCUCAUCGACAGAGGCCAAACGCCUUCAUGUAGCCAAUUUGUGUGAAGAAGGUGACGCCUGGCUAGAUGACGAGUCGUUACCUUCAGAUUUGGCCGCCUCUCAGCAGCCUGAUCUGAUAAUACACGCCAAUGUGUUCGUCGAACAGCAGUUCAACGAUACAUGCCCCAGUGCGGAGGCUGCUGAUGUUGAAGACGAGAGCAUGAAUUCCUCCGAGCCGCAACUACCUCUGGUGAUGAAAAUAGCGUUCAUCAAUGGUUCUUGUCGAGAAGCAGCUAAUCAGAUCUUGUGUUACCUUAAGAAUAUUCUAAGAUGAAAUCGCUUCGUAAACCAUCAUCCUCAUUGUUAAUAUUGAUCCCUGGGAAUGUAUUCCAUCUAUGUGCACUCACUUUGUGUAAAUAUCACCAAACAACCCUCAAUAAAACGUCAUGCAAAUAUCCUUUUGAUUUGCGCUCAGCUACAGAUAACGCAAGUAGCAGUCCCAGGGCCAAAGUGAUAGAUCUAC